AUGGAUCCGAACCCGAAGAAUUUCCCGAUCCUCUCCUACGUCAUGGCAAAGCUGCCCACCUUCAAGCGCGUCUCCUCCGCCGCCGCCGAUUUCGACGUCGAGAACCCGCUGGAGACCUCGCCCAAGCCCCAGGAGCCCCACUUCGAGCUCACCGAGCGAAUGCCCCACCUCAAGAACCGCAGCCUCAUCGCCGAAAUGCGCCGCGCUGUGGGCGACGUCGCGCAGACUCGAUCCACCCUGCGAGCCCUCGGGACCCGGCCCGACCACGAGGCCGUCGACGCGGCCCGCCUGAGGCUGGCCGAGAUCGAUGCCCACUCGUCCAAGGACUCGGCGGAGAUACAGGAGGAGUACACGAUUUACAAGGCGGUGGUCUCGCUGGACGAGAUGCACGCGGCGUACGAGAAGAUGCUCAGCGAGGGGGAGAGGCGUCUGGAGAAGAUCUACGAGGCGGCGCUGGCGGGUGCGGAGGUAAUCGAGGAGGAAGGGGAGGAUGAGGGCGUGGGCGAGGGUAAAGAGGAAAUCGAUGAAGAAGUGGUGGCGAUCUUGAAGGAGGCGGAGGAGGGGAAGGCGGUAGAGAGGGUUGAUUUGUCUGGGAGGAGGCUGAGGAUUCUGCCGGAGGCGUUCGGGAGGCUGAAGUCCUUGGUCGUGCUGAAUUUGUCUGAUAAUCAGCUUGAGGUAAUUCCUGAUUCAAUUGCCGGACUAGAAAAUCUCGAGGAGCUCAACCUUUCGUCAAAUCUUUUGGAGUCGCUGCCCGAUUCCAUUGGGUUUCUGUUUAAGCUGAAAAUCUUGGAUGUCUCUCGAAACAAGCUGACUACCCUACCCGACAGUAUUUCCCAAUGCAGGUUACUAGUCGAGCUGGACGCGAGUUUCAAUAAACUCACCUACCUUCCAACAAACAUUGGGUUCGAAAUGAAAAACCUCAAACGGCUAUCUAUCAGCCUUAACAAGAUCCGCUCACUGCCCACAUCGAUUGGCGAAAUGAAAUCUUUACGCCUUUUGGACGCUCGUUUUAAUGAGCUCCACGGCCUCCCGAACUCGAUAGGGAAACUGAACAAUCUAGAGAUUCUCAACCUCAGCAGCAACUUCAAUGACCUGACUAAGCUUCCGGACAAAAUAACCGACCUCACAAACCUCAAAGAACUUGACCUGAGCAACAAUCAGAUUCACGCUCUGCCCGACACUUUUGGUCAGCUCUCGAGUUUGACCAAACUCAAUGUCGAUCAGAAUCCUCUCGUGGUGCCUCCAAAGGAGAUCGUGGCUCAAGGGGUUGAAGCUAUUAAGGCUUACAUGGCUAAAAGAUGGGUUGAGAUACUGAGGGAGGAAGAUGAGAAGAACAAGCAAGUUUUGCAGGAUGAGGCAGAAGCUAGUUUGUUGACACGAAGCACUUCUCGGCUGAAAUAUUACGUUGCAAAUGUUAGUGGGACCAUCUCGGAAUAUUUGGGAGGUGGAGGUAAAUCAGGUGUCGACUCUUAUCUGAAUCAACAGCUAUAAUUUCAGCCCCAAUUUCCUUUUCUUUUUUUUUUCUUUUUUU